CGGCAUUUUUAGCUUUUCUUCUCUUUCUCUCUUUCUUCUUGCAAUCAACAACAUAACUCAACAUGGCUGACGACGAUUACGAUUAUCUUUUCAAGAUUGUUAUUAUUGGUGAUAGUGGAACUGGAAAAUCAUGUUUGUUAUCGCGCUUCACAAGCGACGAGUUUAGUUUGGAAUCUAAGAGUACUAUUGGCGUCGAGUUUGCUACAAAGUCGAUGGAUAUUGGUGACCAUAAAAUCAAGGCACAAAUCUGGGACACCAGUGGUCAAGAGCGUUAUCGAGCUAUCACGGGAGCGUACUAUCGCGGUGCUGUCGGUGCAUUGCUUGUUUAUGAUAUUACAAGACAGUCGUCUUUUGAAAACGUGGAUCAUUGGUUAAAGGAGCUGCGCGAACAUGCAGACAACAACAUCACGUUGAUGCUUGUUGGUAACAAGUCGGAUUUGGCUGAAUCGGGGAGACAAGUCAGCGUCGAUGCAGCCAAAGAGUACGCUUCCGACUCGGAAAUGCUGUUUUUUGAAACAAGUGCCUUGGAUUCAAGCAAUGUUGACGUCGCCUUUCGAACUGUGUUUGAGCGGGUCUACGAAGUUGUACCAAAGGCGGUCGCACAAGACGCGGAAGGCGCUGCCGGACCAGGACAGAACACAAUCAAGCUGAAGCCGCCUAUGUCAGCCGCAGAGGAUGCACACAGCGAAAAGUCGCAGGGUGGUGGCUGUUGUUAAAUUUGUUGUAAUAUUGAGUGUAUGGGUCUAUAUUAUUCAUCCAGUUUGUUUGUGUAUAUACUACUUCUAUUUUUCUUUCCUUCUUUAUCCCCUUCAACAUUGCAUUGAAUUGCGACGAUGAUAGUAGUGGUGGAUAAGAAAAGGCAUCAUUUAUCACUUUUUCUCAUUCUCCUUUUGUAUACCGAGAUACUUACUAGAUUUCUAUUAAUCUACUUUAUAAAAUCAUACGAUCUUCCUUUCCCUAUCUGUUAUACUUGGAA